ACGUAAGUACCUGUUGUUGUUGCUGUAUCAGUAAGCGGUGUUGAUAUUGACGAUGCAGCAGAAUAUACCGGAACGGUGGUUAUCUUUGACGUCAUCGUGCUCGGUAGAGUUUUAGAAGAGGAUGAUAUUAUCUUUGACAUUAGUGGAGCUUGUGGUGAUAUUAAAAACGAUGAUGUAACUGAUUUUGACAAUACUGUAACUGACGAUGGCAUUGUACAAGAGGAUGUAAUUUCUUUUAACAUUUUUGUGUCUUGUAUUGAGAUGGACGAAGACAGUGUUAUUGAUCGUAACGAUAUUUCAUUUAAGGAUUGCAUCGUUGAAGACAAUGAAAUUGAUUGUGAUGGUAAUGUAAAUGAAGAUGAUAUUGUAAAAGGUGUGGUUGAAAGUGAUGAUGCUGUUUCUUGUGUUGACAUGGUAGAUGGAAGUGUUGUUGAUUGUGUCAAUAUUGUAACUGGUAUUAGAGUAUUCGAUGUUGACAUGGUAGAUGAUGGCGUUAUUGAUUGUGACGAGGCUGUUACAGGUGUUGACAUGGUAGAUGAUGGCGUUAUUGAUUGUGACGAGGCCGUUACAGGUGUUGACAUGGUAGAUGAUGGCGUUAUUGAUUGUGAUGAGACCGUUACAGGUGUUGACAUGAUAGAUGGUGGCGUUAAUGAUUGUGGAAUGAGGCUGUUACACGGUGUUGACAUGGUAGAUGGUGGCGUUAUUGAUUGA